ACACUGAACUCUGACCACAGUUUGUGCAAUUCAUUACUUACUCUCUUGAUUCAAUACAAUAUGGAAGAAGCUCUUGAAGUAGUCCGAAAGCUGGCAGUGGCGGCAAGUGAAGAUGGUCGUCGUAAGGCGAGGGUAGCGCUUCACAGCAUGGCAGCCUCUUUGGAGAACCCCAACGACACAAUUCAUCGGUUGGGACACGGGCAUCUCCAAGCUGCCGUGGUUCAAAUCGGCAUCGAUCUGAACUUGUUCCAGCAUUUGGUCGAGUCGGCCUCGCCGCUGACCAUCCAACAACUUUCAGAAAAAACCGGGGCAGAGUUUCAAUUGAUGACCCGUGUCAUGCGGUUCCUUGCCUCCAUUGGCACCGUCAGCGAGAAUGGCAAAGCUGAAUAUAGCGCCAAUCACACAACCCGGAAUCUAGCAGAGAAGUUGACCCAGGCCGGUUUAUCUCAUUACUUCACUACUGCAGCUCCGCAGUAUCAAGCGUUACCGAAAUUUCUGAAAGAUCAUGAUUACAAGGAUCCUGUUGAUGAGAAGGACACCCCUUUCCAAGUGGCACACCACACCCACUUGAACUCGUAUGCAUGGUUUGCCAGCCAUCCAGAUGAACUAGCUUACUUCAAUACCUACAUGGCGUUGCGCCGAAAACCUGAUGUCACCUGGCUUUCGGCCUACCCGGUAGUGGAAGAAGCCGUCAACUGGCCUGCCGAGAAAGGCUUGUACAUCAACAUUGGUGGCAGCAUUGGCCACCAAUGUGCGCAGUUCAAGGAAAAGUACCCUGACAUACCAGGCCGGGUUGUGCUUCAGGACCUGGAGCAUUCGGUUGCUGCUGCACUCAAUACACCAGGUGUUGAGAAUAUGCCACAUGACAUGUUUGAGCCCCAGCCUAUUCUUGGCGCCAAGUUCUAUUACAUGCGCGCUGUCCUACACAAUCAGUCCCCGCCUAAUGUACGACGGGUUCUGGAGAAUGUCAAGGCCGCCAUGGGACCCGAUUCGAUAUUACUUGUCGACGAGCUGGUUCUCCCUGAAUCUGGUGUUAGCUACAUUGCUUCAUCCAUUGAUAUGACUAUGAUGUCCGCUUUUGCCAGCAUGGAGCGUACUGAGGCCCAGUGGCGUAAGACAUUUGAGGAAGUUGGCCUUGAGCUUCGACGUUCAUACACGUACUAUCCCCAGGGUUAUGAAACUGUCAUGGAUGUUCGUCUACCGCAGACCAAGCUGUAG